UCUGCGGGUUCAUCAGUAACACAACAAUCACUCAAAUCUAAGUAAAGUCUGAAAGAAGUUGACUGCAUAUGGUCUGAACCUAUCUAUCUGCUGGCUGUCAUAUGUGUUGGCUCAGUCUCUGAUGUCACUGAAUGAGCAGUGCGGGCUUCCAGUGCGCACCUCCGGGCGCGCAGCGGUGGCACAGCCUGUGAAUUGUCCUCCUCCUGCAUACUCUGCACAGAAACCUGCCCUUUCUGCUCAUAUUUUUCUGCAUCCGAUUUUUUUGGUCGAGAGUCCUCAUAGCUCCUCCUGAUCAGCCUUGGUUUCUUUGAAAGGAGCUUUAUUUUGAGGGGAAGGAAAGGACUAAAAAGAGGCGAUUCACUUGUUUCGGGUGGUGAGUUUGCGCCCAGCAGCAGCAGCAGAAAAAGAAGGAGAGCCAGUGUUCAGCACCAUGGAGAGCGGCGUGGUGCACAUUUUCAAAGAGGACCGCUGUCCCUUGGGCCAGCCGGGGCAGUGCGCCCCGAACUUCACCUGGCAGCCCGGCUUGUCGGACAUCUUCAACUACACCCCCAACGGCACCUGGGACGCGGAACCUGAGCCGAUGUCACCCAUCAUCCCCAUCAUAGUCGCCGUUUACUCGGUGGUGUUUGUGGUGGGCUUGGUGGGCAACUGUUUGGUGAUGUAUGUCAUCAUUAGAUACACCAAAAUGAAAACAGCCACCAACAUCUACAUCUUCAACCUUGCGGUGGCCGACGCCCUGGUUACCACCACCAUGCCCUUCCAGAGCACCGACUACCUGCUCAGUUCCUGGCCGUUUGGCGAGGUGGCAUGCAAAGUCUUCAUCUCCAUCGACUACUACAACAUGUUCACCAGUAUCUUCACCCUGACGAUGAUGAGCGUGGACCGCUACAUUGCUGUGUGUCACCCGGUCAAGGCUCUGGAUUUCCGCACGCCAGUGAAGGCGAAGAUCAUCAAUGUGAUCAUCUGGGUUCUGUCCUCGGCUGCUGGGAUUCCUGCCAUGGUCCUCGGCAACACCAACACCAACAACGGAACCACAGAAUGUGCUUUACAGUUCCCUGAUCCCUACACCUACUGGGACACCCUGAUGAAGAUAUGCGUUUUCAUCUUCGCCUUUGUGGCGCCCCUCAUCAUCAUCACCGUCUGCUACACUCUGAUGGUGCUGCGGCUGAAGAGCGUGCGCCUCCUGUCCGGCUCGCGCGAGAAAGACCGCAACCUUCGACGGAUCACCCGUCUGGUUCUGGUGGUGGUCGCGGUGUUUGUGGUGUGCUGGACCCCCAUUCACAUCUUCAUCCUGGUCAAAGCGUUGUCAGCCAACGUGCCCGAGACCACUGCUGUCAUGGCCGCCUACUUCUUCUGCGUGGCGCUGGGCUACACCAACAGCAGCCUCAACCCCAUCCUUUAUGCGUUCCUGGAUGAGAACUUUAAGAGGUGCUUCAGAGACUUCUGCUGCCCCGGGGGACGGGGUCACGCCGACUGUCACGGGGUGAGCAGAGUGAGGAGCACGCUUCGGGACCACACCUGCGCCACCGAAGGGAGGGGUGACGGGAGACAAGCCAGGCCCGUAUGACUAGCCAUGGACAUGUCCUCCAGGCCGUACCAGAGCUGGGAGGAUUCCAUUGAUCUGUGUUUGACUCAAAUCACUACCACAAUCUGAGAAGUAGUAUCAGUAUUGGUUAAUAAAUCCCAUGAAAAGACCAAAACCAAGAAUGAUUUGACCUCACUUCAUCUCUAAAAUAUUGCAUUUCUUUCUUAAGUUGGUUUUAGGAAGGAGACUGAAUGACAGCAACGUCUCUGCAUGUUUUUUUUUUUUUGUUUUUUUCCAACAGUCUAGGUAUCCAUUCAAUUUAUAUUAAAAUGCAAUAUUUUGAUCCUCCCAUGAAGGCACAAUCUGAACUUUUGGAAGCAACCUCAACCCAGUAGUAUUUAAACUCUAAUAGUGAAAUUAUUACUAAAAUCAUCAAAACUUCUCUUGCAUUGUGUAUGUCUGAGUUUAAACAGCUCAUUGAACUUAGCCUGAUCACUGAGCAAAAUCCACCUGGUUUUCUGUUUGCAAGUUAAGGGUGACGGCAGCUUCUCUGUGGCGUUACGCUUUCAGAGUGGCAAAAUCGGGAAUAUUAGGGAAGAUAUUGGGACAGUCACAAGGUUAAGAGAAACCAAAAAAGAUUAUUGCCAAUGUUAACAAAUUUAAACUGCUAUUUAAAUGUUAUGGAAAGACUCCACAAUGAGGUUUUGUAAUCAGCCUACCUUUUACUUUACUCAACUAAUAAUUAUUUGUCUGUUGGAGACUCUUACAAUAUGCCUCUAAAGCAUCAAAUUUUUAUCCCAAGAUGGUCAAGCAAUUAAUAAGUAUGAAAGAAACAAGCCAGUAACUACAUGUUUUACACCCUUCAUCCCAAUAUGCAUGCCCUGUACAAAACAGGGGCACUUGGAAAAUCGUUACUCACUUCCCAGACAUGCAGAACUCAGUUUUUCACUUAACUAUUUUUGCUAACGAAUGUGGCAAAAAAAAAAAAAAGAAACCGACAGAAGUUUAAUAUUCACGAGGAGGAACGUGAAGAAUAAUUUUAAUGUUUACUGGUUCGUUUUAGAAAUACAAGCAUCCCAAGAAACUGUGAUGUGUAUUCACUGGUCGCCCAGUGGGCGUGAAUGUAUGGAGCGGCACGCAAGAGUCCAAUGAUGGGGCUUUUGUGUGCAAGAUCAACACCCACACACAUUUAAUAAAAACGUUUUUGGAUGGCAGUCCAUUGUAGUGGCCACUUUAAGUGAAGGCCUAAUACACGUUCCACCUUUUAAAGCAAAAUAAUUGCGGCUCUUAAAAAAAAGAUCUUUUGCUUCAGUAAGGUUUUGGUCUUUCUAUGUGAUUUUUUUUUUUUAGGAUUAGCAAACACAUAGUAACGUUUUUAAAAUUAAACUUAGUGAGUCGGUGCGGUACAAAGAUGCCUUUGGGAUAAUACAAUUAGAAUGUGUUUAUUUACUAAUUGAUGUUUUCCCUGUUUAUGGAAGCUGAAGGUAGAACUGAGUGUGAAGGUGAUUCGGACCUGUGCAGUAUUUCUCACAUGCUGUUGGAAGAUCUCCACUAUUUGCUGUGGCAACAAGCUCAUUUUUUUGUUCAUCUGACCUGCAUGCUCCUUGAGUGGUUGUCACAGUACAGUAAAUAAUUCAGUUCUGAUGUGCAAAAAAGAUCAACUGCAGACAGAGAAUAAAAAAUAUGUUCCCUGAUUAUUUUAGGAAAGGCAUUCAUUGUAAGCAUUUUUUUUUUCAGCUUGUUAUCAAUAGUCCUUAAUUGGUGUUUUUGUGAUUUGCAGUACAACAUAUUUGCAAACUCCUUUUUGGCGAUAAACCUUUGUGAAAUAUUCAGUAUCUGCUCAGGGAUCAUUCUCUGUGAAACACAAAUGAAGUGAGAUGUUUUCACCUCGACCAGACAGUUAACUCCAAAGAGGGUUGGUUGAGAAAAAUAUCUGCGGUUUUUUUUUUUUUCUUUUUAGAGAUGACGUUUGCAUCAUAAUGAACUAUUUCUGCUCUGAGACUGUAGCCCACCACUGAGCAUUUUCACCUGUGAUUCAGUUUUAGUCAAAGUGAAGAUAACACAUGCUGUGAAUGCUGUGUGGACAUUUCAUCUCCUUAACGGUGAGAGGGCUUCAAGGCUAAAACCAAUAUGAAAAGAGCAUAUAUGUAAAAUAAAAUACAUCCGCGCGUGUUUAAUGAGCAUAAAGUUAUCUUACGGGGUGUAAAUUUCUGCUUAGCACUUAAUCUUUACGGCUUGGUAUUUUGUGCACCUGUGAAUGUGUGAUAAAUCCUAUUAUGUGAUAGUGGAAGGAUAAUUUAAAUAUCAAUAUGCAGACUUCGUUUUAACCACACAUAUGGGCAGUGUUCUAGCAGGAAACCUUAAUAACCACCAACCUCUGAAUUUACACAAGCACAGUACGUUUUUGGAUCGUAUUCAUAAAAUAUAUUUAAUGUCACAAAGUUUGGCUGAAAUAUGCAUCUUGCUUUUUUUUCUUGCAAAAGAAUCCUUUCUGAGACUUUACUGCCUUGCUUUUUUCUUGAAUACCGUAAAUCAGUGGUCAGUCUGACUGAAUUGACUUGUGUAUGUUCUAAAAAUUAGCUUCAAAGUUAUAUUACUGAAGUAGUGCUAUUAGGAAGUUGUUAUUGUGCCUUGUUUUUGUGCCUUCGUUCUUCUAAUAAUUUUAUUUUUACUCAUAUUUAUGAUAGCAUCUUGUCAGACUAUCAGUCUUACAGUUGAUAUCCCAACUAUGUUAGUCAGUGUUGUCUCUCAUAUUAUGUUUCCUUUACAUUUUAAAACUUUAUUGGUAACACUUUAUUUGAAGGGGGGUGAAUAAGA